AUGAGAAACCACAGUGUUGUUUCUGAGUUCAUCCUCCUUGGGCUGUCUGCUGACCCCCAGAUCCAGGCUCUGCUCUUUGUGCUGUUCCUUGUUAUUUACCUCCUGACCCUGAUGGGGAACCUGAUGCUCCUGCUGGUGAUCAGGGCUGAUUCUCACCUCCACACCCCCAUGUACUUCUUCCUGGGACAGUUGUCCUUCCUGGAUCUCUGCCACUCCUCUGUCACUGUGCCCAAGCUGUUGGAGAACCUUCUGUCUGAGAAGAAAACCAUCUCAGUAGAGGGCUGCCUGGCUCAGGUCUUCUUUGUGUUUGCCACUGGGGGCACUGAAUCCUGCCUGCUUGCUGUCAUGGCCUGUGACCGCUAUGUUGCCAUCAGCUCCCCUUUGCUCUAUGGCCAGAUGAUGAACAGACAGCUGUGUAUGGGGCUGGUGUGGGGCUCAUGGAGCUUGGCUUUUCUGGAUGCUCUUAUCAAUAUCCUUGUAGCUCUCAAUUUAGACUUCUGUGAGGCUCAGAAUAUACACCACUUCAGCUGUGAGCUGCCAUCUCUCUACCCUUUGUCUUGCUCUGAUGUGUCUGCAAGUUUUACUGCCCUGCUGUGCUCCAGCCUCCUGCAUUUCUUUGGAAAUUUCCUCCUGAUAUUUUUCUCCUAUGUUCGCAUUUUAUCCACCAUCUUGAGGAUUAGCUCUACCACAGGCAGAAGCAAGGCCUUCUCCACCUGCUCCUCCCACCUCACUGCAGUGAUCUUCUUUUAUGCCUCAGGGUUACUCCGCUAUCUCAUGCCAAAUUCAGGAUCCACUCAAGAGUUAAUCUUCUCCUUGCAGUAUAGCGUGGUCACUCCUAUGCUGAAUCCUCUCAUCUACAGCCUGAAGAACAAAGAGGUGAAAGCAGCUGUGAGAAGAAUUUUGAGAAAAUGUGUCUAG